AUGGCGCGGUGGCAGCAGGAGCUGGGGGCUCCCGGUGACAUUGGAAGGCAGGACUUGGCCAAGGAUGUAGCACUGGGUGUAGGAGCCGUGGAGCCACCUGAGGAGGGUGGGGUGAGCAGUGAGGUGGACCCAGGUAUAAAGGUCUUCUCCAGCAGUGCCCGGGCUCCAUGGAGUCCUCACCAAGCCCAGGCAGAACCAGAGGAGGACCGAGACCACCUCUACCACCCCCAGGACGAGGCCAGGGAGGCUGAUGUGCAAGGGCUUCCCCUCGUGCUGUCCCUGGAGGUGCAGAGUGGCCCAGAGGAGGACCGUGACCACCUCUACCACAGCUGA